GUCUAGCGUGUUCUGUAAUACAGCACAUUUAUUAUGUUUCGCUAGAAAGAACGCUCUAGGCGUCUCGUACGCAAUCGGGGAAGAGUGCGAAGGAUCAGUGCACCAGUCAAUAUAGAAUGAGCUCGUCUGGUUGGUGUGAUUUGCCGUCUGAUAUAUGGGACCUCGUUCUGUGCAACCUUGUAUCUACAGACCGGGUGUAUUCAGUGGCUUGCGCCGCUGAGGCUCUGGCAGCGCUGGGCCAGGUUUGCAAGCACACCAGGCGUCUAGCGGCUGAGAGGUGGGAGGCUUUAGCGGCAGGCUGCCCUUCAGUCCCACCUUGCCCGCUCACGAGCCUGCCCUUCGUAUUCGGACUGGACAGCUCCGCGACGGGGGAGCGGGGGAUUUUUUCGGUAUCGCGGCACGGGCGGCGGCUGGAGUGGCCCGCGGUGGCAGUGGAGCUGCACCGGGGCCGCGAUUCGCAGGUCAAUUUUGGGCCGCUGGCGCUGCAGACUUGCCUGGCCAUUUUCGGCGUCAAGCGCGCCGCCGACUGGGGGGACUUGGAGGCGUGUGCGGCGGAGCUGCGGGCGCGGCUGCCCACGCCCGGGCAGGUGGGCAGCUGCCGGGCACCCCUGAAGCUGCUGCUGGAGGUGCGGCGGCUGCGCUGCGAGACUCUCGCGGGGCCCGAAGCCAAGCGCUGCUUCCACCUGUCCAAUGCUGACCUCAGCUGCCUCGCACUUGUGAAGGAACCGUCGCUGUUCAGCCGCAGCGGCAGGGCGAGGCAGUACCGGCUGCUGGAUGCGCAGAGGGCCGCGCGCGACAAGUAUGGGUCGGAGGCGGCCAUGCUGCGGCAGGCACGGCGCAACCGAGAAGCCGCACAGCGAUUCCACAAGACCAGCAGCGGUGGCCAGCAAGAGCGGCAACGGCAGCUGCUGCUUGAGUUGGAGGCGCGGGGACUGAACAUCUUGGACGGCUUUCUGGCGGCCCAGAGGUACAUCCAGGGUUUGCCUGGGGGCCCCAACGGCCUGGCGGGGACGCCUCAGAGUUUGGAGGAAGCUGCGGAAUCGAUCGCGCGGCGACGGUUCAUCGUCGCGCACUGCUCUCCCGAACGCGCUCUGGCGCUGGCCGGCUGCCAAUGGGCUGCGCAGGAGACGGAGCAGCUGGCAGUGAAGGACAGGAAGUUUUUCCUUUGGGAGGAGCAGCUCAAACGGGAGGGCCUGCUGGAAUGGCUGGAAUCCCAGGGGAGCCUGGCAGAGGCUUUGGAGUGCUCAAACCUGCCUGCCAGCAUGCACAGGGAGAUCAAAGAAUGGUUUUUGGCUUGCAAAGUGACGUCCACCACCAUAGCACGUCAAAGCAAAUGUUGAGCACAUUAUGGCAAGGCCACAUUUUUUUAUUGCCAUUUCAGUAGGAGUGAGAGAGAUUGAGAAACACAUGGACGCAUGCAAGAAUCGAUUUCUUAUUUCUUAUAAGACAUGCAAGCAGACAUAAUGUCUGCCAGUUGUGUUGCGUUUCAGCACUGUUGCUACUGUAUACAGAUGAUUGCUUGUCAGGUUUGUCAGGAAAUGAUGGUGCUGUGCUAUAGAAAUACUGCAUUGUUACACUAUUAGAUAAUUGCUGCCCAUUGUUGGAUUUGCACAUGGCAGUGUAUCGCACUGCGAUGCUCAUAAUAUUGCAAAUAUGCUCACAAAACCAGAGAAUGUAAGGACAAUUUGCAAGCC